UAUACUAUACUUAUAGCAUACCAUUAAAGCCCAUAGGUUUUCGUUAUUAUCGUAAACAGUAAACACUAAACAAAAUUUGUCAUACUACAACUUGGACUAAUAUACAAGCUUAUUAGUUAAUAGUUCAUAGUUAUUACUUGUUACUUAUUUCGUUAUUCCUGAUGUGUAUGUGUAUCACCGUCAUUACAUUAGUGUUUAUUUGUAUUAAUUAAUUCCAACUUUCUCAGUUCUCUUUAGUUUCUUAGCGUGUGACAAUAAUUGUUACAUAUUAUUAUGAAAACAAGACUAUAUCCGUGCCACGACAACUACAACUUGUUGGAUACGGGAGUACGAAUAAUUGCUGACUCGUGAUUUCGGUUGUUUACGGAGUACAGGAAUCAUUACCAUUUUCACCAAUUUGUACCAAACGAUGGUACUGAAAAAGUGACCUUUGCCCUAGAAUUUGYACCAACUGUGUCUGUAAGCUACAUAUCCGUCUCGUUGAUGGUUAGGUCAUGUCAACAUAACGAAUCGCAUGAGCACCAGCUGUUGCUAAAGAUUGACAAACACCUGGUCAUAGUGCCUACCUAGGUCUGCAAAGUUUGUUGGCACACAGAUACAAAAAUAAGUUUCUUAUAUAAUAUUGUCUGUGCUAGCGGCAGCAAAUGGUUGCCAUGAAAAAAUUGAAUAACAGUCGAGGAGCUGAGCCUGCUGCGGAAGCCAGCGAAUCUGUCAAGAAGCUUUACAAGAGUAUAAAUGAAGUUUCUCAUUUUUUGGAUGAUCAACGUGGGAGAUCUUUGUCUUGCAAAGAUCUUUUUACCGCUUCUGUUGAUACACAGCGAAUAAAAUUAAAAAACUAUUGUGAAAGAAUGAUGCUUGCAGAUCCAUUAUGUUAUGGCCGAAAAGCUGAAGAUAUCAUGUGGCGUAAAACUUAUUAUGAUGUUUACUCUACCGCUAAAAUUUUACGCAAAAAUAAUGAUUGGAGUCACAUGGAAUUGGCAUUAAUAGAAAAUCAUUUUCAGUCAGGCAUUGGAAGUUAUUAUCAUUUACUAUUCAAAUUUCAAGCAGAAAUUAAAUUCAAUAAGCCUGAACUAUUCGAUUUUUAUUUACUGAUUAACGAUGAAACUGAUAAUAUUGUCAAAAAAGAUCAUAUCACAGUGUUAAAAAAGAAUGAUACUGGUAACAAAGAAGAAGCAUCUAUGAAACAAUUAGUAUACCGCUGUUUGAUUUGUUUGGGAGAUUUGUCACGAUAUCUGUAUGAACUAAACAAACUAGAUUUAUAUUAUUCUACAGCUUGUCGGUAUUACAAACAAGCAUUAAAUUAUAAACCAGCAAAUGGACUCCCGCAUAAUCAAAUUGGACGAUUAGCAUUAUCCAACAAGAAACAUUUAGAUGCUGUUUACCAUUAUGUUCGAUGUGUUUUUAGUUUUGAACCAUUUGAAGGAGGAGAAAAAAACUUAUUAUUAUCAUUACAACAACAGUCUGAAGCAGUCGGAAACAUAUUUUUAGAAAAAAUGUUUUCUGUUUUUUAUUUAUGGUAUACUGGAGAAAAAGAUAGUGGACCAGAAUUAGAUAAAAUAUAUUCUAGCAUUAUAAGCUUACUACAAAAUUUUGCUGAUUUUAAGAACAAAAUUAAUACAGCCGAUAAAAAAAAUGAAAUAAAUAAAGAUGAUACCUUAACACCUUCAGUUAAGGAUACUAUACAAUUUUUAUCUACUAAUGAAAAUGUUUUCAAGAUUGUUGUUAUCAUAAUAGCAUGCUUAAACAAGUUACAUAAAGAAGAAUCUAAAUGCAUCCCAAAAGCGGAAUUAUUUUUUUUAUCAUUAAUGGAACAUUUAAUUGGUCAAAGUGUAACUUACUGUGUAAAAAACUUGCCGCUGUUAGUUAAUCCUAAUAUAGAUCAUGUAAAAUUAAACCGCCGACGUCGUAGRCGUGGUUUUAGACAAAAUUAUUCUCCAGAUUCUCAAGAAUGGAGUGGAGAUGAAGCAGAAAGUGUAAUAAGUCCUGACGAUGAAUGUGAUGAAAGUGAUGAAAGUGAAGAAGAGAUGUUAAUAUAUGAUAUGAAGAGACCCAAUAAUGACAAGUCAAAAAAUGAAUCUGAUGGAUCAAAUGACAGUGGUACAUCAUCAUAUGGUUGUGAAAAUAAAAAUAAUCCAAAAUCUCCAUUAUUAAACUUACCAUUUAUUGAAGCUAUAAAGAUAUAUUUUGAUUGGAUUCAACCAAAAAUAGAUUCCAUAAAUCCUGAAACUUCAGUUGAAUUCUUUAACAAUACUGUUACACUUUUAAAUUACUUGUCUCAAGCUAAUAUUGAAUUAGACAUUGAAACCAAUCAGUAUAUAUUACCAGAAGAAAUGCAUUUACGUGGUAUGACUGUUUUUUCUAAGUCUAAAAAGCAUUGUGGAGAAUAUGAUGGCAAUAUUUGUUCUAAAAAUGAGACCGACGAAAAAUCAUUAAAGGACGCAAAACGAGACAAACAACACGUGAUGGGUCAACUGUGGCUCCGAUCGGAAGUGGACAAUCUGGAGUACAAAAUGAAACACUACUCUUCAAGAAAAAAGUCAUUGCCCACGUGCAUCGUGAUCGAUACAGAUGCAUUGAUUAAUUAUUCGUCGAUAAUCAAGAAACUCGUUAACAGCACCAAUUUUAUUGUAGUAGUACCCGCAAUCGUAAUAUCGGCAUUAGAUGAGCAAAAGAAAUUAAGCAAAGAAGUCAGACUGACUAUACGUUGGUUAGAAAUUCAGUUGCAAGAGGGAAACUGCAACUUAAAAUCCCARGGAAUACAUGAAUCACUACCUAUUAAACUAGACAGUCCACCGAAAUUGAGCAAAGAAAUUUGCAAUUUCAAACAUAUUUUGGAAUGUUGCAACUAUUUUACAGAAGAAUAUGGUGAGAAUACAGGACUAGUUACGUUAAUUACAGGGUCAGACGACCUAUUGGAGUCAUCCGAGCUCAUGGAAAUGGCUAAAUCAGUCAAAAUCAAUAUCGAACACAUUAAGACAUUCCAAUUCCAAUUAAAAACAGCGAAAAAUAAAGGAUGAAACAUGGUUUUGGUUUAAAAUAUUGAUAUUUUUAUUGUUCACUCAAUGGUGCAUCAAUGUAUACAAUGACGAGAAUUUGGUUAUCAAUCACACCGCGCUGUUUUGAACACGUGAACCAGAUUUAAUUUCGGGAAAAUUGAAGACCUCGAUUGACUUACUUUUUACAUCCGUUACGAAUAUAAUAUAAUAUAAAUCAAGGUUAAAUCCAAAAACAAGAAAUGUUUUUAUUAUUAUUAUUUUUAUUGUGUUGUACACUUGCAUAUGAUAUUAUUAUGUAAAGAUAAUCUCAAGGUAUAAAAUGUUGUAUACCUGACCAACAAUGAUCAUUCAACAACUGUUCAUUACAACGACAAUGCCCAUCUACCCUCGUUAUACUUAUGUGUAUUGGUAAUCGCGUUGGUAUACCUAUAAUUUUUUUGUUUUAUAAAUUUCCUUUUUUUUAUAUAACUAAUACAUUUGAAUGUAAUCAAUGGUAUGUUGCUUAACUCUAUACAAUUCCCCCACGAAAUACAAAUAUUGUUUUAUUUACAUUUCUUUCUAAGGUUUUUGUUUUCAUUUUAUAGUUCUUAUUUUCAA